AUGCCAGACCGAGGAACGUCUCGUCUGAUGGCAAGACCGGGAAAGGAACAGACAACGCGAGGCGAUAUUAAGCUCUCAGCCCAAAAUCUCACGACCGGAUUUCUGCAAGAGAAAAACGAGGAGGUUUGGUGGAGGUCGAUGCAGUCUCAAGACGUGAUGCUACCGGACGAGGUGGUGGUCGAGAUGGAAAAGUGGAUGAAGACGCCUGCGUCCAAAUGGAUCUGGGUAGAGGCGCCAGUCGAUGAAUUGGCUGAGAAGCGGCUCACUUGUGCAGCGUUUCGCAUUGCCGAGAUUGUCUUGAAUUCGGGCAUGGUUUGUAUUUACUUUUUUGCAAGUGCCCGUCCCACUUGGAAGGGAAGCUCUGCAAAGGAUUCAUGGAAUAUUCAAAAUUCCAGCCGUAAAGAAGAAGCAGCCACCGCACUGCUGUACUCGCUCAUCACCCAGCUGGUCCGCCUCCCGCGCGAGCUGGACCGCUGCCCGCCCGACCUCUGCAGGCCCGACGCCUUUGACAGCCUCCUCGACCUCAGCAUCCCGCCGGCGGCAAGACACGCGGCGGCGCUGGGGCUGAUCAGGACGCUGCUCGACCACGCGCCCAAGGCGCUCGUCCUGGUCGUCGACGCCGUCCACCUCGCCGACUGCGCCGCCACCAGACGCCCCCUGGCAGACCUGCUCGGGAUGCUGCGCGAACGCGGCCGCAGCCUCGGCCACGUGGUCAAGGUGCUGUUCACCACGGUAGGGUCCUGCGCCCUGCUUGCGGCGAACAUGCAGAGGGGGGAGAGGGUGGACGCGGAGAGGAUGGCGCUGGCCAGGCCGGGGCUGCCGCUCAGGGGGUGGAGUCAGAUCUCGGGGCCGAGGGGGCUCGGGCGGGGGCCUGGUCAGAAUGUUGCUAGUGAGGAUUCUUGA